ACGUCUGACAUUUGCCGUUCUCCGACAAACAUCGGGCCGUCGUGUUUAUAAAUUGCAGCUUCCUUAUUUUUAUUACCACCCGAACAAUCCUAGAGCAAUGGCAGCGGUACAGAGAUUUCUCAACCUGCGCGCACCACUCGGUACCUUCGUCCGGGGUAUCAGCACCGGUGUACCGCGGUUCGAAAUCUUCAAAGUACAGAGCCCGGAAGAGUUCAACGAAAAGGUCCGCAACAGCAAGGACCCGGUGAUAGUGGACUUCUUUGCAACGUGGUGUGCACCGUGCCGCAUGUUAACGCCCCGCAUCGAAACAAUUAUUGGGGAAAAUGAGGGCAAAAUAAAGCUGGCAAAGGUUGACAUCGACGAACACACCGACCUGGCGCUGGACUAUGAGGUAGCGUCCGUCCCGGUGCUGCUAGCGAUUCGCAAUGGCAAAGUGGAGCAGCGUUUGGUCGGUUUGCAGGACACGGACAAGCUGCGAACGUGGGUACAGAACGUGGUGGGAAAGACGAAAUGAUGAUUCGGAAUAGCUAGUAGGGUGGUCCCCCUGUAAGGAGGCUGUCGAUAAUUUGUGCUCAUUUUCAUCAUCCAUUAGAUGGAUCACGUGUGUCCCUUUUUCCCGAACCAGGAAACAAGGGCUGGUCAUGUAUGUUUUCUUCUGUUACGAUAAAGUGUGUAAAGUGCGUUAGUGUGAAACCUUAUCUUUCCAUAGUCUGGAAUAAAGCGGACGCAAGAAUAUACGCGAUAGUUCGAUCACUCUA